CGCCCCAGGGGUUCCUGGUGUUUUGCACAGGCUCCAGUUUAUUUAUUAAACGGUCUAUUUUUGCGCAUUCGCCGCGUUCUCGCCCAACCACCACUACGCCCAACUCUUCUAGUCGGUCUUUACUCUCGCCUACGUCGGUCGCAGCUGUCUCCAAUCGUCUGCUCCGUAUACACUCGUUUCCCGUCGUCGCCUACAACGCACCGUUCAUUCACUGCCCCCUUUUUCUUUGGCCCGUCGUUUCUUUCACCUUUUCACUCUCGUUCGCUUAUCGCCUCGAAAGCGCUUCCACCGAUCCCGACUCCUAAUUAAUCCGCCGCCCAGUCCAUUCACAAUGGCUUCGCCGUCUCUGUCGGACCUGGAGCAGCGGAAUCGUCUCCCGACCCUGUUCGAGGUCCUGAGUCGUCGAACGCUGGCUCCGGUCGAUCUCUUUUCGUUCUAUAUUUACAUGCGGGACCAGAAGCGCUCGGUGGACUACCUGGAUUUCUGGCUGGAUGUCUCGCAGCAUAUGUCCCUAUGUCGUCACUAUGUCCGCGAACUGCGUCGGUCUGUCUUAGUCGCUACUCCCGAUCUCGAAAAGGCCGAUAGCAAAGGCUCGUCAGCUGCUUUGGAAACAUUGGAGAGCUUUGGCGAUAUCCCGCUCGUGGAAGCCGGGCCGUCUGGUAUGCGCCGUGGUCAUCGGGACUCGGAGGAUCGAGAUGCGGAUCAAAGGUUGUCGGCAUUCCUUCGCUCAGAUGGACACACGUCUGGUCACUCCCCUCAGAGCAGUCUUGGAUCGCAGAACGCCGCCCGUACGUCGUCGAACGAAGGUCAACCCCGGGCCAGCUCCGCCACUCGCAUCGACUCCAUUUCACCGGGCCAUACGGUAGCCCGUGCCGAUAUUCGUGCCAGUGCGGAAAAAGUUCUGUAUACGUACCUGCUCCCCGGAGCGGAGAGAGAGAUCGUUCUGCCCGAAGAUAUGGUAACCUCGAUCAUCAAUCUGGUGGAAGACGACGGCCGAGACGACCCGGAGGUUUUUGAUCCCGCCAAAGACUACGUAUUCCAGGCAAUGGAACGCGACGCAUUCCCAGGGUUUUUGCAGGCGAAGGCUCUUGGUAAUCUGGUACCGCUCACCAUCAUUGCGCGCUUGGCCUUUGCUCUCAUUAGCUUCGGCGGCGGCUUCUGGGGUGCCUUUUAUGUUGUCCUUCGUGAUAAACCACGACACACCCGUUGUUGGCUGAUUCUUCCAUUCGCCGUCGCCGCCUACUUUAUUGUAUCUUACCAGUACAAACUCGACCCGGUGAUGGCAAUGCUCGGAUACAGCGAAUACACCUUCAUGAAUUGGUCUCCAAUCCGCGAACCCUAUGUGCGAAAACUGCUGAACAAACGAGCGACUGCGACGAUAUUUAUUGCCUUCUUUGUUGCGGCAGCACUAAGUGUGCUCUUCAUCUUCGUUCCGGGGACCAUGCUUUAAAUUGUUCGUGCCGCACAUGCUCCGUUAAUCGUGACCUUCCUUUCAAACCUUUACCCAAGCAUGUAAUCUCUUUGUUCGUGGAGCAUGCGGCUACUUUCUCUUGUUCUCUCCGGUCGAAGCUCUG